GAGGCGUGCAUGGCCACGCAGUCAUGGGUGAACAAGGGAGUACAGGAGAGGGCUGAGAACGCACCCCCAACGUGUUUCCAGUGCUCCAGAGGCCAGUGGCAGAGUUGGGAACUCUGGAGAUCGCAUGGCUGUGUGCUCUAUUUUAAUACACCUGUCAGCAACGGGUGUGGCUGAAAUAGCCGAAUCCACUCAUUUAAAGGGGUGUCCACAUACUGUAUGUCUUGUCUCCUCUUUUUCCAGCACUUUGUAAGUGAACGUAAGUAUGAUGAAGACCUGGGAAAAGCUGUGAAGUUCACUUUCGAGCUAGAACCACUGAAGACAAGCGUCACAGGAUUUGGAUCAGUGUACCAUCCUCAGACAGGCUACUCCAGCCGGUCCCGCUGUAGUUCCACCUCCUCGUCCAUCACAGGCCCAGGGUCCCUAGAAGCACCACCUCCGUCUCAGCACCAGGGCUCCAGCUUCGAAGGACACCCUACCCAGCCAAACAAAACGACUUUCCAAGGCAACAGGCGGUAUACGGCGGGCCCGGGAUACUACUCCGGUGGUCAGCGGUAUAAUGGCGGCUCCUAUCGCGACAGGAACACCAAUCGCGGAGGCUACCGCUCCGAGGGUUACCAAGGCUACCAGGGCAACCAAGGCCAAGAUGACGGCCCCAGCCAUCCUACCAGCACUGCCACACAAUCCUCCAACUCCACAAGAGGCCCUUCCAACUCCACUCCAUCCUCUUCUUACCGUCAAGACCAGCCUUCUCAUAACGGUCUGCCCCAAAGGCCUCCGCGGACACACUGCCCCUGACACCGGAACUACCUGGCCCAUUUGUUAAACCCCCUACUAACCCUGGCAUUCCACCCUCAAUACCCUGCCCCUUCCACCCCACUAACUCCUCUCAAUGAAGAAUAGAAUACAAGUUUACAUCUUUUUGUCAAUUGAGCAGUAGUGCCACCCAUAGGCAAAACCAUUCAUCCACCAAACUUGAAAAUCUGCUAAUAAGACCUAUUUUCUCAUGCCUGUUGAUCUAGCAGCAUUUUGCUACUUCAGAGGCCAGUGUUAUCUGAUGAUGAGUUCAGCACAGAGACUGCUGUGAUUUAUAUGCAUUUUGUGCACUGCUAAAAGGCAUUUAUAUUUUAGUUGCCUUAUUUCUUUUUUUUGUAGUCAUCACCAUUUUAGUUCCAUAUGUUAUGGCAUGCUUGCUAGUAUGUAUGGAAGCCUUUCAUCAAUGGCAUACAAUCAACACUACAUACGUUUAUGUAGAUUCAUUUAGAGCUUUCCAUAAAUACUGGUUGCGCCUGUAAAUAAUAUGUACUCCUUGAACUGGACAAUGAAUCAGUUGAUAAUUAGAACUAGAGGUAAUCACUUUGGAUGUUGCCUGAUGGCGGUUGUUUAUUCCCUCCCUCACAUGUAUGAGAAUAGUUUAGUGGAUAGUUGUCCUGUCCUUCUCUAUAUUGUUAUUGUAUAAUCCAAGGAGAAGGCUCGAUUUCUUUAUUACAUACAUAUUUAAUUAUGAAUUAUUCCACUUCUCAAAUCUCAGGUAUGAGAAAGGAACCCCUACAUCUAGUCUGAAUUUGGACUUCCCUUUGUUAGAAGUACAUAUAUUUAGGUGUUAUUUGGUCUACUCUCAUUCUUAUUUUCAGUGCAUCUCAGACAGGACCAUAAACGGCACACACUUGACAUGCUUGCCAUGUAUCACAGUGCAACUUUGCCUUUCUAGAAAUGAAGAGAUGCCUGCAUCACGAACAUCAGUGCACGUUCUUGUGAUCUUUUACAUGUUAAAAAGCGAGCUUUAGGAGCUUUCUGUCCUUUUUUAAUAUGUCAACUUUCCUCUUGAUCAUUUCCUAGAGAAGGAAAAAAAUCGGAUCAAAUUUGUGAAUGCUGUUUCGAUCUUAGUUUGAAUAAGUUUUAUGACUACUGAGUUGGGACUGAUUUAAGAUUCUUAGUAAAGUAUACAAUAACUUAACAAAAUCUGGAGAAAUAUCUGAUUGUUUCCCCUUGUACACUGCCUGGAGGCAUAAUGUUGCUUUUUCCCCUGAUAAUGUUCUUUUGAAAUGGGGCUUGGUAUGGUUCACCAUUUACCGAAAGCAGAGCGGUGUCGUGUCAAACUGCAAGGCAUGUGUAUAAGGUUAUACAGCUGUUUCCUCUGUGUACCAAAGGGUCAUACCCGAUGAGUAGAAGAAUUGAGAGAACCCCCCCAUCUCCUCCAAUAUUACUGGUAGAAAGUUAUCCAUAGGAAUACCUUUUGUGUUUUAGAUAUGUUAUAAACAUAGGUACUUAAGUCUUCUUUUCAUAGGAGUAUAAUUUGGCCAUGAGGAAAAUGUCUUCAUUUUUGUUAUAUUGCACAUCAACAUAAAGAUUAUGUAGUUCUUGUUUGUUCAAUGGUUUACAAAGUCUUCUGGGGAAGUGCAGAGUGUAUACAGCAGGGUAGAUCAAUUGGCAUGUAUCAGCAACUGUGCUUGAGCACAUAAGGCUUGGUAGCCAAUUCCAGGAGCUUCCUGCCUUCAGCAAAUUUUUCCUAAUCUCAGAUCUGCACUGUAAAUAUAGGCCUAUUUUCAGUAAUCCUAAUGCACAGUAGGCCUACCUUUCAAUUGCGGAGAUGCAUGCACUGCAUUUUCUCUCCACAACACAUUGCUAGUUGUUACCUUGUGGUAGCUUCAAGCAUGUACAUGUAGUAUUUCUUACAGUUGUCAAAAAGCUAGAGUUAUUCUCUAUGGGGAAUUAAUUAUGCCUGUCCAUCUCUUUUACCAAGUGUAAGAACUCCCAUUCACAGCUUUGUCUACAUUCUCAACUAUCUGGUGAUCACCAAAGAGAAAAACAUUUCCUUUUUUCGUUCUCUGCCUAUAAAAAAAUUACUUCAUUGUUUUCCAAUUGGAUAAUCUAUUCUAGAUUGAGUAGCAUGUUGUCUUUUUUUCUUUUACAUUUUCUUUCUUUACUGUGUGUGUAUAUAUAGCUAUAAUUCUGUUGCGCUCACAUGGGGCAUUUUGUAUGUUAUAUACAUGCUGAGCAUAUGGUUUACCCCUGAACUAGUUCAGUCAUAUGGACUGAACUAACAAUCUAGUUCAGUCCAAUUCUUCCAGUCCAAACUGUAAACUUAAGUGCCUUCUCUUGCCUCCAUCCAAUUCAUACACCCCCCCUCCUUACAGCAACCACAAAGUAUGGACCAAAGACAUCUGCCCUCCCCAUCCAUUCUAAUACACCCCCCCCCCCAUAUGCGGAAAGGCACACUUUUCAUUUACUAUUAAACUUUGCAAUACAUAAGCAGGUGUCCUUUGUCUUCAUAUGCUUUUCAUGGGCACAGUAUUUUACAGAUCCAUGUCAACUUAACUGUAAGCAAAAUAAAUGGCGAUACGCUCAGA